UAUGGACUUUCGCCAGUUAAGUAGCUCGAUUUUCCUGGCAAUUCUGAGCAUUUCCCAAGGACAAAUUGUGGGAUGCAAACCAGGCCAGUGGCAGUGUGACGAUGGAGACUGUAUCCCGGAUAUCUGGCGAUGUGAUGGAAGUGGAGACUGUCUGGAUGGAUCUGAUGAAAUGAAUUGCAACGCACUUCCUGGCUCUCCUGAAUGUCCUCUGGGUCAGUUUCCUUGUGUUGACUCCGUCGGCUGCGUUGACGCUUCAGCCCGCUGUGACGGUAAAAAGCAGUGCCCCACCGGCUCUGAUGAGGAGAACUGUGCAGCUACACAGGGCUGCUUGGAAUCUGACUGGAUCUGUCGAAACAACAUCUGUAUCCCCAAAGAGCUGCGCUGCAAUGGACUGAAUGACUGCCAGGACAAUUCUGAUGAGGACGACUGUGGACUGUGUGUUGAGGAUGGCAUACGGUGUCCUGAUGGCAUGUGUCUGAGUCCUGAAAAGCAUUGUGAUGGGACGCUUCACUGCUCGGACGGAAGUGAUGAACCCAUAACAUGCGGUCGUAUUUGCUCUAUGAACAACGGCGGCUGCAGCCACGUGUGUGUUGAUGAGCCGUGGGGAACUCUGUGUACCUGUCCCACUGGAUAUAAGCUCUCUUCCAAUGGCGCAGUCUGUGAAGAUUUGGAUGAGUGUGCCCCUCCCUUUGCCUCCUGUAUGCAUCACUGCACUAACACCGUCGGCUCGUUCUAUUGUCACUGCAGAGAAGGAUUCAAACUAUAUGGAGGCACUGCAUGUUUAGCUACAGGUAACGCUACCAGACUGCUGAUUGUGCAGAGGAGCUCUAUCGGGCUGUUAAAUGUGAAGUCUCAGCUGUUUGAAGUUAUUCACACUCCAGUGCCUGACCCAGUAGCCUUGACUUUCGACAUUGCCCGAGGCUGGUACUACUGGGCCGACAACCGUGGCAGCAUUUACAAAAGUAAUGGACGACAGAGCUGGACAACCUUUACUGGUGAGCCUGGAAUCACGGGUCUAGCUUGCGAUUGGCUGAAUGGAAACCUGUUCUGGUCCAAUCAGAAGACAGAGUCGAUCUACAUGCAGUCAGCUGAUGGGAGAAGUUUCACUACACUGCUGAGCAAACACAACAAACCAUCAGAGUUGGUCCUCAUACCUGUGGAGAGCCAGAUGUUCUGGUUCAGUGCCGGCCCGGGAGACAGAGUGACAAUAGAGAGGUCGUGGAUGGACGGGUCGGAUGGAAACACUCUGGCGGUGCUCACUGCUCAGGCAGCCCACAGCCUCACUGCAGAUGUCGCUGCCCGGAGGCUGUACUGGAUCAGCAACUUCAAGAAGUCCAUAGAGACGGUGAAGAUCGAUGGGACCGGGCGCUUCUCCAUCACAGGCCUGUUCAGCAGGAGGCCGGCUCUGGGCCUCGCUGUGUUUGAGAGCUCGUUCUACUGGGUCGAUGACAGAGGACUGUGGCAGGUCCCACAGGACCUGCCAAACCAGAAGCAAUUCCUUUUGAAAGCCGCACUGCCGACACUGGCCGUCCACCAUGAGCUGCAGCAGCCUCGAGGUUCUUCUGCAUGUGCAAAGAUUCCAUGUCAGCUCUGCCAGCUGACUAAAAGAAACCCUGUGGGAUUCACCUGCGCUUGUCCCAAUGCCAAAAUGCUGAUGCCUGAUGGGACAUGUCAAUACCCAAGGUUUGUUUAUGCCACCAACACCAACAUCAACCUGCUGGAGAUCAGAAGGAGAGAUUACGAUCAAACCCAGCUGUUAAGCACGGGCGACGGGAUCCUGUCCUUUGACCUGGACUGGUACAGAGACUGGAUCUAUUGGUCCAACCAAACUGGCCAUAUCAAACGCACCAGUCUAACCCAGGUCAAGACUGAGGUGGUCCCAACACCUCUGCCAGUUUGUUUGAUAAAAAUAGACCAGAGGAGAGGGAACCUCUUUUGGGUAUCAUGUGAUCAAAACAGCAUCGGCACCACCACAGCCGACAGCCAGUACACGCAGCAGCUGUACCGCACUUCCAAGAAGAUCACAGACCUGUAUCUGGACUGGCUGAGGGGGGGCAUCAUCUGGCUGGAGGAAGACCGAAUCCUCACCAUGAGUAUGACGGGAGGAAGAGCCAAAGAGCUGCUGCAGCUGGCAGACGAAGUCCAGGGGAACAUCGCCUUCGACCUCAGGGCUAACAGUCUGCUCUGGAACUCAAAAAGGGCAGGUUUGACCACGAUGAGUUUGCUGCAGGACAAAAGCCACAAAGCUGGCAGGAGAUGGAACAUUUCAGGCUCAGUCACAUCUGCCUUUGAGCCCUUCCUGCUGUCCCAUUCCGAUAAUGUCUUGACUCUGUGGGACCGGCGUGACGGGAGCGCCAUCCAGGACGUGCCUGUGAGAGGGCGUGUGUUCAAUGUCAUCCUGGCUUUCAAGGACGUCCACACAGUGCCCGAUACUCCAGUGUGCACUGAACCCUCUAUGCUGUGCCGACGCACAUCAAUCUGCCUCUCACAAGCCCAGCUGUGUGACGGGAAAAAGGACUGCCCUGAUGGAGACGACGAGGAUAUUUGUGUAACCACAUGUCCAUCUAAAGAAGAUUUCAAGUGCAAGGACCGUAGGAGUUGUGUCCCCAGGAGUCUCGUGUGUGACGGUCGUUCUCAUUGUCGUGAUGGCUCAGAUGAGGUCAACUGUCCGACCGUAGCUUCAGUUGGAGCUCGGUCAAACACUCUGAAGUGCCGCACGGGCUCAAAGUCGUGUCAAGAUGGGACAGAGUGCGUUUUAUACAGCCACGUGUGUGACGGGGAGAAGGACUGUCAGGAUGGAUCUGAUGAACAGGGAUGUGAACUACUCAAACUUCCUGCUCUGACCGCGCCGGCCUGCAGCAGCCCCACUGUGCUCUGUCCCAAUUCUGCUGUUCAGCUCUGCAUAUCUCCGAGCCAGUUCUGCAACGGGCUCCAAGACUGUCCUGAUGGCUUUGAUGAAAAGAACUGUGUGAAAAGAUGUCCCUCUAGAAAUGACUUCCGCUGCAAGGACCGCCGGAGCUGUGUCUCCAUGAGUUUGGUUUGUGACGGCAGAUCAAACUGCAACGACGGCUCCGAUGAGCUCAACUGUCCAAGCGCUGCUCCUCCUGCAGCUGGAGCAAACGCCCUGAAGUGUCGCAUUGGCUCCAAACUGUGUGGAGACGGGACAGAGUGCGUCCUCUUCAGCCACGUCUGUGAUGGAGAGAGAGACUGCAGGGACAAAUCAGAUGAAUUAGGAUGUGAUGCUGUGAACACUGCCUCUACCAGACUUCCAGACAGUGGUCUCACAAUUCCAUCAUCCACACCUGCAGUGAAAUUUACUCAGCCCCCCAACAACCCUCCCUGCAGCAGCCCUUCAGCUCUGUGUCCAGGCUCUUCUCUAUGCAUCAGCCAAACACAGUUUUGUGAUGGAAAGAAAGACUGCCCUGAUGGGUCUGAUGAGAACUGUGUGAGAAGAUGCCCUUACAGGACUGACUUCCGCUGCAAGGACCGCCGGAGCUGCAUCUCAAAGAGUCUGGUGUGUGACGGCCGCUCUCACUGCCAAGACGGCUCCGAUGAACUCAAAUGUGCAAGUGUAGCUCUGCCGGCACCUCGAGCGAACGUCCUGAAGUGCCGCAUGGGCUCCCAGCUGUGUGUAGACGGGACGGAGUGUGUCCUCAUCAGUCACGUCUGUGAUGGAGAGAGAGACUGCCGGGACGGAUCAGAUGAAGUAGGAUGUGAAAGUCUCGGCUCAAAUGUAUCUCCCGCACCCAUCGUCGAGAGCUUUACUCAGCCCCCCACCAACCCCCCAUGCAGCAGCCCUUCAGCUCUGUGUCCAGGCUCUUCUCUAUGCAUCAGCCAAACUCAGUUUUGUGAUGGAAAGAAAGACUGCCCUGAUGGGUCUGAUGAGAACUGUGUGAGAAGAUGCCCUUACAGGACUGACUUCCGCUGCAAGGACCGUAGGAGUUGCGUCUCAAAGAGUCUGGUGUGUGACGGGCGCUCUCACUGCCACGACGGCUCCGAUGAACUCAACUGUGCAAGCGUAGCUCUGCCUGCAGCCGGAGCAAACGUGCUGAAGUGCCGCAUUGGCUCACAGCUGUGUGGAGACGGGACAGAGUGUGUCCUCUUCAGUCACGUCUGUGAUGGAGAGAAGGACUGCCAGGACGGAUCAGAUGAAGUAGAAUGUGAGGUUGCCCCUACAACUGCUACAGGAAAGGUCCGGCCGAUUGACUCCCUUUCACCUGUCGCACCCUCCACUGAGCCUCCCACCAAGCCACCCUGCACCAGUUCUUCAUUUCAGUGUCCAGGCUCUUCUUUAUGCAUCAACCCGACACAGAUUUGUGAUGGAAAGAAAGACUGCCCCGAUGGGUCUGAUGAGAACUGUGUGAAAAGAUGUCCUUACAAAACGGAUUUUCUCUGCAAGGACCGUCGCAGCUGCGUCUCAAGGCAUCUGGUUUGUGACAGCAGAUCUAACUGCAAUGACGGCUCCGAUGAGCUCAACUGUCCGACCGCUGCUCCUCCUGCAGCUGGAGUAAACUUCCUGAAGUGUCGCAUCGGCUCCAAACUGUGUGGAGACGGGACAGAGUGUGUCCUCUUCAGCCACAACUGUGAUGGAGAGAGAGACUGCCGGGACGGAUCAGAUGAAGUAGGAUGUGCUGACUUCCUCUGCAAAGACCGUAGGAUCUGCGUCUCGCAGAGUCUGGUGUGUGACGGCCGCUCUCACUGCCAAGAUGGUUCUGAUGAGGUCGACUGCCCGAACGUAGCCAUAUCUGUAGCACGAGCAAACUCCCUGAAGUGCCGCGUCGGCUCAAAGCCGUGUAAUGACGGAAAAGAGUGUGUUUUGUACAGCCACGUGUGUGACGGAGAGAAGGACUGUCCGGAUGGAUCUGAUGAGCAGGGAUGCCAAGAAACAUGCAAACAAGGUCGUUUCACUUUAAACUUUUGA